AUUUUAAAUCAUGCGCACAAACUUAAUCUUUGUUUAAUUAAAAAAAUAGCGGAUAACCGGUGUGUUAGAGACGAUAUAGGUUAAGAAAAGUUAAAUUAUUCCCUUUAUACAUAAAAGUAAAUUCCUGGUUAAUAGAUAAACAUAUCAUGAGACGAGCAAAGGACUCACAAAAAAGGCAACAUGCUUCGGAUGGGAGCAGCGAUGAAGAUAAGCCAAAGAAAAAGAAAUCGCCUGUAGUUAAUCUUCAAUUAUCUGAAGACAGUUCCAGCGAUAGCGAUAUAGAAACUUAUUUAACAUCACCUUCAAAACUAGAUUUGAACUCAUCUUUUUUUAAUACAGUAAAAACGACAGAAAAAGAUGAGAAACUUGUGCAUGAGAAUACUGACCUUGAUCGAUUAAGUGAUUCUGAAUCAGAUUCUAAUGAUAAAUCGACUCAAAAUGAACCUAAAGCUGAGAUAAAUGAACUUCCCACAACUUCCACAACUUAUAAUUUUGAACAUAUCAGCACUUUUAAUCAGAAAUUUGAAGAAGCAAAAAAGUUGAUUGAAGUUUACAAAGCAAAAAAAGCUAAGGAGGUUCAAAAUGAAGAUAUGGAUGUGGAUGAUAUCUUAUAUAAUGAAGAGAAAGCUCUUUAUAGUUCAUUAGGGUCAUCUGAAUUUGAAACAUUAUCUGAUGGGGAAAAUAAAUCUGACUGGGAAGAAGUUGAAGAUAAAGAAGAUGAAUCCCUGGUUAGGAAAGAAGGUGUUCAAAUCACGAUAGAUUUACCUGGAAAUGUUAAAAAGAAGAAAUCCUUAGAUUUAAUGGCAGCAAUAAAAAGAAGGAUUAAUAGAAAGAAAAAAGAAAACCAAGUUUUGGUGCAUAAAGUUCAUUUACUUUGUUGGAUCGGUCAUGGUUUUCAUGUAAAUUCCAUUUUGAGUAAUCAAAAUUUAUUAGGUGUAGCUUUAUCUUUGUUACCAUCAAAACAUUGUUAUCCAACAAAUAGAGUAGAUUUAAGUUAUUUAGAAAAUAUUACUGGUUGGUAUAAAAAAACGAUUAUCAAUAAAAAUACACAAAUGGAACUAAAUGAACCCCUCGAAAAAGUAUUACAAGAACAAAUGCUUAAAAAAGAAGCAUUAAAUUACAAAAUGUACAUUUAUAUUUUUAUUUGCAUUUUAAGAUCGCUCGGUGUUAAAUGUAGAUUAAUUUUAUCUUUACAAACAGAGCCUUUAAGACCACCUCAAAGUGAAUUGUGCUCCCUAAGCAAUAAAAAUAAAAAAGAACCAGAAAAUUUAGGUGAAAGUUCAAAAAAAAUUGGGAGUACCAAGAAAAAUACAAAAAGAGUUACUUUUAAUCUUAAUAGAACGUAUAAAGAUAAAUCUUUUAACACUAGCUUAAAACAUUUUGAAAAGAAACCUUUGAAACGUUGCGCAAGCAAAGAUCAAACUGUUGAUAACAAAGACGGUCAAGUGAGAAGAUCAUUGAGGAAGAGUUCAAAAAGUCCAACAAUACAAGAAACAAAGAUUGAAAAAGAGAGUAAAUCAAAAAAUGAAAAAGAAGUCAAAAAAGAUGAUGUUAAAGUAGAAAAAACAUCUAGAAAAAAUUCUGGUGAUGAUUUUAAGAAGGCAAAAUCAACAAAAAAAUCUCAACAAUUAAAAAAUGAAAGCUUAAAUGAAAAUAAUUCUAAAAGAAAUGACUCAAAAACGAGUAGUUCUGAUCUCAAAGUAAGGAGAUCAUCCAGAAAAAGUUCAAAAAGUCCAAUUUUUAAUCCUGAAAAUGAAGACAACUCGAAAAGGAACGAAGAAUUGUUAGCUGAUGCUAAGAAAAUGAAAUCAAGAAGAUCUAAAAGUCCUGUUAGGUUAGAAAAUGAAAAUAAGACAAUUAGUUCUGAUCUUAAGAUAAGGAAAUCGACCAGAAAAAUAUCUAAAAGUCCAGUUUUGCAAGCAGAGAAUGAAGGCAAUUCUGAAAUACAGCAGGAAUUGUCAGCUGAUGAUGACUCUAAAAAAAAGAAAAUGGCAAGAACAUCUAGAAGUCUGAAAAAUCCCGAAAAUGAGACUUUAGCGGGUGGUUCUGAUCUUAAGAUAAGAAUGUCAACCAGAAAAAAUUCUACAAGUCCAGCUUUGCAACCUGAGAAUGAAGACAAUUCUAAAAUAAAUCGGGAAUUAUUAGCUGAUGAUGAGUCAAAGAAAAAGAAAAUGGCAAAAAGAUCUAAAAGUCCGAAAAAUCUUGAAAAUGAGAAUUUAGCGGGUGGUUCUGAUCUUAAGAUAAGAAAGUCAACCAGAAAAAGUUCUAAAAGUCCAGCUUUGCAACCUGAGAAUGAAGACAAUUCUAAAAUAAAUCAGGAAUUGUCAGCUGAUGCUAAAAAAAGGAAAUCAAGAAGAUCUAAAAGUCCCGUCAAGUUGGAAAAUGAAAAUAAAACAAAUAGUUCUGAUCUUAAGAUAAGGAAAUCAACCAGAAAAAUAUCCAAAAGUCCAGUUUUACAAACAGAGAAUGAAGACAAUUCUAAAAUAAAUCAGGAAUUGUUAGUUGAUGAUGAUUCUAAGAAAAACAAAACAACAAGAAGAUCUAAAAGUGCUACAAAUCUAGAAAAUGAGAAUUUAUUGGGUGGUUCUGAUCUUAAGAUAAGAAAAUCAACCAGAAAAAUGUCUAAAAGUCCAGUUUUGCAACCUGAGAAUGAAGAUAUUUCUAAAAUAAAUGAGGAAUUGUUAGGUGAUGAUGACUCUAAGAAAAAGAAAAUUACAAGGAAAUCUAAAAGUCCGGCAAAUCUUGAAAAUGAGAAUUUAUUGGGUGGUUCUGAUCUUAAGGUAAGAAGGUCAACCAGAAAAAUGUCUAAAAGUCCCGUUCUUAAACCCAAAAAUGAAGAUGAUUCCAAAACAAAUCAGGAAUUGUCAAGUAUUAAUCCUUCUGAGAAAAAGAAAUCGGCAAGAAGAUCUAAAAGUCCCAUAAAGACAGGAAAUGAUAACUUAUUGAGUACUGAUCUUAAAUUAAGGAGAUCAACCAGAAAUACAUCUAAAAGUCCUGCUGUAGAUGAUAAGAAUGAAGAGAAUUUAAAUAAGAGACAAGCAGAAUCUGAAACAUUAAGAAAUCCAGAUGAAAUUAUUAAAAAUAAAACUUUAAAGAAAAGAAAAUCAAAGAGUCCUGCAAAACCAGAAACGUUGCAAGAUGAUUCUAAAGAUUUACUUCAAAAUGAUUCAACUGAAAUAACAUCGAAAAAAGAACUUUUAAAAAUUAAAUUACCAAUUCCCACGAGAUUACGCAAUUUAGAUAAUGUUCAAGUUGAAGAAAAUAACGAAGAAAGUGAGGAUGAUACUAAUAAAAUUAAAUUUGUACCUCCUGUUAAUAUUAAAGAGGAAGUAUCAAAUUCUCCUGACACCCCCAAAGAAGAUGAAGAAUUUCACGGAUUUAAUACCACACAAAAUACUGAAUUAGUAAAAAAAAAUUUUGAUUCUCCAAGUGAAGACAAAGAAUUUCUUGGAUUUAAUUCCUCUCAAAUAAUAAAUACAAAAUCAUCAGAUGAAAUUGAAGGAUUUCGCGGAUUUUCUCCUCAAUUCCUUAUAAAAUCAUCAAAUUCUCCUAAUAUUUCAAAUAAUAAUAAAGAUGAACCCAGCUUUAGUGGCGCUCAAAUUCCUCAAUUAGACGGUGGAGCUGACACACCUCCAAAAAACAAAAAGAAACCAAACUUGGCAAAAUUAAAAAUGGCAUCAGGAGAUAAAUGUCCAAGAGUGCAUUUAAGCAGGCUUAAAAUUCCAAGUAAAGUUUCGAAACAAGUUGAUUCUGAAGACGAAUUUAAACCGAGUUCUUCAAUAACCAAAACUAGUCCGUUAAAACGAACCCGUUCAGUAUUUUCCACUUCUUCGCCAGAUAGCGAUAAAAGUAGAUAUUUUGGCGGUAGUCCAUCGAAAAAAAGUAAACAAUUAGAUGUUAGAAACGAUAUUGUUGCUUUGGUGAAAGGAACUUUGGCUCAAGAAAAAGAAACGAAUCUUCAUAAAUUGGUAAAAAGAAAGAAAACUUCGAGUGAAGAAGAUUCCGACUUUUUACCUGGAAAAAUUUCUUCAUUAAAUACCACUACAAAAGUUAAACGAAGAGUGCCCAUGAAAAAAGAUUUAGUUGAAAUUGAAAAAAAGAAGGCGGAAGAUAAAGAAAAGCUCAAAAAAAGUAAAGAAAUUAAUGUUUGGGUCGAAGUUUUUGCUGAAGCUGAAGAGAAAUGGAUUAGUGUUGAUGUUAUUAAAGGACAGGUUCAUUGCGUUAAAGAAAUCUACUCGAGAGCAAGCCAUCCUGUUUCUUACAUUCUUGGAUUUGAUAAUGAUAAUCACGUUAAAGACAUCACAAAACGAUACUGCGAAAAUUGGAAUACAGUUACUAGAAAAUUAAGGAUUGAUCAGUCCUGGUGGGAUCAAACUUUGUUACCUUAUAAAGCGCCUAGUAAUGCUAGAGAAAAGGAGGAAGAUGAUGAUUUAGCUAGACUACAGUUAGAUCAACCUUUACCUAAAACAAUAUCUGAAUAUAAAGAUCAUCCACUUUACGUUCUUGAACGUCAUCUUUUAAAAUUCCAAGCGAUUUAUCCUCCAAAUGCCUUAACAGUUGGAUUUGUAAGAAACGAACCGGUUUAUUCAAGAGAUUGCGUUUAUACUUUACAUUCAAGAGAGAUUUGGUUAAAAGAUGCUAAAGUGGUAAAACCUGGCGAAAAACCUUAUAAAAUUGUUAAAGCAAGACCAAAAUAUGAUAGAUUAUCAAAUACCAUCAUAACGGAUCAAAUGCUUGAAAUAUUUGGUAUUUGGCAAGUUGAAGAAUAUGUGCCCCCAACUGCUGAAAAUGGAAUAGUUCCAAAGAAUGCUUAUGGAAACGUUGAUUUGUUUAAGCCUCGAAUGUUACCAAAAGGAACUGUUCAUUUACAAUUCCCUGGUUUAAAUAAAGUUGCACGAAAAUUAAACAUCGAUUGUGCUCCAGCCGUAACAGGUUUCGAUUUUCACUCAGGUUUUAGCCACCCAGUGUUUGAUGGUUUUGUUGUAUGCGAAGAAUUUUCCGAACAAGUAGUCGCAGCUUGGAUUUAUGAGCAAGAAGAAUUUGAAAAGAAAGAAAAGGAGAAGAAUGAAAAGCGUAUUUACGAUAAUUGGAAAAAAUUAAUAAAAGGUUUAUUGAUUAGAGAACGUUUAAACCGAAGAUAUGCUUUUGGUAAUCCUCAAUCAAAAGAGAAAAAUUUGAAGGGUUCAAAGAAGAAACAAAGUUAAUUUUUUUUUUGUAAUUGUUAUUGUUGUUUUGUUAUUAAUAUUUGUGUUAUUAUUAAUCAGUAUUUUAUAAGAUUUAAGUACUUUAUGCUCCAACUUUGUAAGAAAUACAUAUUUUUUCAUAUUAA